CGCCGCUACCCAGGCCCUGCCGCCCCUCCGCCCCCUGCCCUCCCAACACAGGCCUGCAGCCCCCUGCAGGAAAGGCCCAGGCCGCCGCCGAGCCCCAGCCCCAGCCCGACAUGAACCACCACCAGCAGCAGCACCAGAAGCCCGGGGAGCAGCAGCUGAGCGAGCCCGAGGACAUGGAGAUGGAAGCUGGAGAUACAGAUGAUCCACCAAGAAUUACGCAAAAUCCUGUCAUCAAUGGGAAUGUAGCUAUGGCCGAUGGACACAACAACACAGAAGAAGACAUGGAAGACGACACAAGUUGGCGAUCAGAAGCAACGUUUCAGUUUACAGUUGAGCGUUUCAACAGGCUCAGUGAGUCAGUCCUCAGUCCUCCUUGCUUUGUACGGAAUUUGCCUUGGAAGAUUAUGGUGAUGCCACGACUGUACCCGGACAGGCCACACCAAAAAAGUGUAGGAUUCUUUCUUCAGUGCAAUGCUGAAUCUGAUUCCACGUCAUGGUCUUGCCAUGCACAGGCAGUUCUCAAGAUAAUAAAUUACAAGGAUGAUGAAAAAUCAUUCAGUCGUCGUAUUAGUCACUUAUUCUUUCAUAAGGAGAAUGACUGGGGCUUUUCCAAUUUUAUGGCAUGGAGUGAAGUUACUGAUCCUGAAAAAGGAUUUAUAGAGGAUGACAAGGUUACUUUUGAAGUCUAUGUUCAAGCAGAUGCUCCACAUGGAGUGGCGUGGGAUUCGAAGAAACACACGGGAUAUGUUGGAUUAAAAAACCAGGGAGCAACCUGUUACAUGAACAGUUUAUUACAGACUUUAUUUUUCACAAAUCAGCUGCGAAAGGCUGUGUACAUGAUGCCCACAGAAGGAGAUGACUCAUCCAAAAGUGUUCCUUUAGCAUUGCAGAGAGUAUUCUAUGAACUUCAGCACAGUGACAAACCAGUAGGAACUAAAAAGCUAACAAAAUCCUUUGGGUGGGAAACUUUAGACAGUUUCAUGCAACAUGAUGUUCAGGAAUUAUGUCGAGUGUUGCUUGAUAAUGUGGAAAAUAAAAUGAAAGGCACGUGUGUAGAGGGCACUAUCCCUAAAUUAUUCAGAGGAAAGAUGGUGUCUUACAUUCAAUGCAAACACGUAGACUAUCGGUCUGAACGAAUAGAGGAUUAUUAUGACAUCCAGCUAAGUAUAAAGGGAAAGAAAAAUAUAUUUGAGUCCUUCAUUGAUUAUGUUGCAGUAGAACAGCUGGAUGGUGAUAACAAAUACGAUGCAGGAGAACAUGGCUUGCAGGAGGCAGAGAAAGGUGUGAAGUUCCUAACAUUGCCACCAGUGUUACAUCUUCAACUCAUGAGAUUUAUGUAUGACCCUCAAACUGACCAAAACAUCAAGAUAAAUGAUAGGUUUGAAUUUCCUGAGCAGUUGCCACUCGAUGAAUUUUUACAAAAAACAGACCCUAAAGAUGCUGCAAAUUACAUCCUUCAUGCAGUACUAGUACAUAGUGGAGAUAACCAUGGCGGACAUUAUGUUGUUUACUUAAAUCCUAAAGGGGAUGGCAAAUGGUGUAAAUUUGAUGAUGAUGUUGUAUCGAGAUGUACAAAGGAAGAAGCAAUUGAACACAAUUAUGGAGGUCAUGAUGACGACUUAUCCGUUCGGCACUGUACUAAUGCUUACAUGUUGGUUUACAUCAGGGAAUCAAAAUUAAGUGAAGUUUUGCAACCUGUCACAGACCAUGAUAUUCCUCAACAAUUAGUAGAACGGCUACAAGAAGAAAAGAGAAUAGAGGCUCAAAAGAGGAAGGAGAGGCAGGAAGCUCACCUUUACAUGCAAGUGCAGAUCGUGACAGAGGACCAGUUCUGUGGCCACCAAGGCAAUGAUAUGUAUGAUGAAGAAAAAGUGAAAUAUACUGUGUUCAAAGUAUUAAAAAACUCCACACUUGCAGAAUUUGUUCAAAACCUGUCUCAAACAAUGGGAUUUCCACAGGAUCAAAUACGGUUGUGGCCGAUGCAAGCUAGAAGUAAUGGAACUAAACGACCAGCGAUGUUAGAUAAUGAAGCGGAUGGCAAUAAAACUAUGAUUGAGCUCAGUGACAAUGAAAAUCCAUGGACAAUAUUCCUGGAAACAGUAGAUCCAGAGAUGGCAGCUACUGGGGCAACAUUACCCAAGUUUGAUAAAGAUCAUGAUGUAAUGUUGUUUCUGAAGAUGUAUGAUCCAAAGACUCGGAGUUUGAAUUACUGUGGACAUAUCUACACACCUAUAUCCUGUAAAAUACGUGACUUGCUUCCAGUUAUGUGUGAGAGAGCAGGAUUUCCCCAAGAAACUAACCUUAUCCUCUAUGAGGAAGUUAAACCGAAUUUAACAGAGAGAAUUCAAGACUAUGAUGUAUCUCUUGAUAAGGCUCUUGAUGAACUCAUGGACGGUGACAUCAUAGUGUUUCAGAAGGACGACCCAGAAAAUGAUAACAGUGAACUGCCAACAGCAAAAGAGUACUUCAGAGACCUUUACCACCGUGUUGAUGUCAUUUUCUGUGAUAAAACUAUCCCCAAUGAUCCCGGAUUUGUUGUUACUUUGUCCAAUAGAAUGAAUUACUUUCAGGUUGCGAAGACUGUUGCACAAAGACUUAAUACAGACCCAAUGCUACUACAGUUUUUCAAGUCCCAAGGUUAUAGGGAUGGCCCAGGUAAUCCUCUUAGACAUAAUUAUGAAGGUACUUUAAGAGAUCUCCUGCAGUUCUUCAAACCUAGACAACCUAAAAAACUUUAUUAUCAGCAGCUUAAAAUGAAAAUUACUGACUUUGAAAACAGGAGAAGUUUUAAGUGCAUAUGGCUAAAUAGCCAAUUUAGGGAAGAGGAAAUAACACUAUAUCCAGAUAAACACGGGUGUGUACGGGACCUGUUAGAAGAAUGUAAAAAAGCAGUAGAACUCUGUGAGAAAGGUUCGGGAAAACUAAGGCUUCUAGAAAUUGUAAGCUACAAAAUAAUUGGUGUCCAUCAGGAAGAUGAGCUGUUAGAGUGUUUAUCACCAGCAACAAGUCGAACAUUUCGAAUAGAGGAAAUCCCUCUGGACCAGGUAGAUAUAGAUAAGGAAAAUGAGAUGCUAAUCACAGUAGCACAUUUCCACAAAGAGGUUUUUGGGACAUUUGGAAUUCCAUUCUUGCUGAGGAUACACCAGGGUGAACAUUUCAGAGAGGUGAUGAAGCGGAUUCAAACAAUGCUGGACAUCCAAGAAAAAGAAUUUGAAAAGUUUAAGUUUGCCAUUGUAAUGAUGGGUCGACACCAGUACCUGAAUGAAGAUGAGUAUGAAGUGAACUUGAAAGAUUUUGAGCCCCAACCCGGCAACAUGUCUCAUCCAAGGCCAUGGCUAGGGCUUGACCAUUUCAAUAAAGCCCCAAAGAGAAGUCGCUACACUUACCUUGAAAAAGCUAUUAAAAUCCAUAACUGACUUACGCAACCAGUUUGUUCAAGGCAAGGGACAAAUAUCAGUGUGUGUGUGCACCUUUUUAACAACAGUAGAACUUUGGUACACGUGCACUAUAUCUGAAGUCUUCAGCAAGAGGAUUUGCUGCUGAUGUUAAUUUUAUUUUGUUGAGGCUGUUCAGUUUGGCUUCUCUGUAUCUAUUGACUGCCCUUUUUGAGCAAAAUGAAGGUGUUUUUAUAAAGCUUGGAUGCCAAUGAGAGUUAUUUUAUGGUAAACGUAAUACAAGGCAAUUGUCAGCAUAAUGAGGGAAGAGUUUAGUAGAACAGUUGACAUUGGCAAAAUAUUUGUCUGUAGUACGUUUAUAGAUGGCAUAAGCUGUCUGGCUGCCCUUCCUGGUGUGGUAUUCCCCAUCACUGCAGCUAGUAAGUCUUAUGUUUAGACUCACAUCAGAUUUAUUUCCUUCAGUUAUACUUUAAAUGACAUUUUUGUGCAUUUGUAAAUGCAAAAAAACUCACAUCAAUAAAUAGCAAUCUCUACUUCAUUGUGUACAUUGUUGGCACUUAUUUGGGAUUUUUGUCUCCUCCAGCUUCAUAGGAUCCUUUUUUAAAAAACUAGUUCCUAUGUUGUUCUGUCGCUACCAUGCAUCCCAUUUUGCCAAGUGGAUGCUCUGGGUCCUAAAAGAGAUUUGGGUAUUUUUAUUAAAUUUAAAAACAUUGACAAAUACCAUUGAGGAUUACUGUGCUGCCUUUUGACAAAUAGAAUGACGCUCAGAGUUGGCAAAAGCAGGUGAAAGGAUUAUAAAUAUAAUUAAUUUAGUUAACAUUGGAAGAGAUGGGGGAAAAAACACAAGAAAUAGCCUUUCAGCACAGAGGGCAUGCUCACUAGUGUUUAGUAAGCUGUUGACUUUGUAAAAAAAACAAAAACAAAAAAUGGAAAAAAAUAAAAUAAAAAAAUGGAAUUGUAUAUUUAAUGAACAUGUACAAUUUAACACUUGGAGGUUAAUUUUGUUGGGUGAGUCUGCAAGUGAAUUUCACUGAUGUUGAUACUCAUUGUGUGUAGUUUUAUUUCAGUCCCCAGACUGCUUCCUUUUAUUUUGGAGCUAAUGCCAGCUGAGUGUCUAGUUUUGAGUGCAGUACAAAUAGAAUCAGCAAUUCACACUUACAAUUUUACAUUCUUUUCCAGUACUUUAUUUUGUUUCUGUAGCCGCAGUGUACAACAACUCUUCCUGUAUAUUGCCUUUUUUGCUGGAAAAUGUUGUAUGUUGAAUAAAAUUUUCUAUAAAAUUUUACUUCGAUGAGUGAUGACGUGGAGGUUGAAGAAGAUUUCUACUCUCCUUGGAAGUACAGUUUUCAUUUAUAUUAAGGUUUUACUGAGAUGUAUAUUUUUUUCCAGUAUUGCCAAUGUAUAUCCCUGGGUUUGGUUGGUUUGGGGGUUUGGGAGUGGUCUGGGAGGGAUUGUUUUGUUGUGUAUUUUUUUGAUUGUUUUUUUUUGGUUGGUGUUUUGCCUCUAACUAGUCACAUUCGAGCUUAGGAAAUAAAAGGUUUUCCAAGAGGGAACCAUGUACAAAUAAGAUGAAUGAAAAAUAUUUUACUAGUUUGUUUGUAAAGCUGUAGUAGAGUCUUUGUAGUAGACUUGACUCUGCCUGCCUUGUACAAAACUUUUGUGGUCCAGAUUCUCAAAUCUAAUAUUAUAAAUGGUGUAAAGUAAAAUCUGGAGUCUCUAAAGGUAAGCUCUCAAUAGAUUUAUAGAUUAUUGCUGUAAUGUGUUCCUUGUAUUCAUAAUCAAAACCAGUCUUAGAAGCUUACUUUAUUAGACCUGUCAAUAAACAUUUAAUAGGGGUUGUAUACGUGAUGGCCUUUAUAAUUUUUUUCUGAAAUUGAUUAUGGUGGUUGUCAAAAACAGCAGGAGUGUUUGUUUUGUAACUAAAUCUAUAGAGGGGUUCCCCCUUCCUCUAUUUCAGUUUUAAAAUUAAUUUAAUUUCCUGCUUCUGGUUUUAAAUAUUCCUGUAGUGGGGGAUUUGUUUGUGGAAUUGUAUGUUGUAUUGUUUUUGAUUGUUUAUUUCCAAUCAAGGUAAACCCAAGUUAGUUUUGUCCUCUGCUUUAUCCAUUUCAGAUGGAUAAAAGUGGUUUAAAUAGCAUAUCUUGAGUGAGUAAAGAUUUCCUUUGAUUCAUGUUUGUGUUAACUGGUGAGGGUUGUGCUGCAAUCCAGGGCAACUGGUGCUUACAGAGUGCUCAGAUUGUACUUUAGAUGUUCUUUAGUUGUGCCAUCCAGAAGUAAUGGGCGCGCUUUACAUUUCUUGGAUGUAAAUGUUAGGAUAGCCUAGUAUAGACUCCACCUCGCUCUUGAAAAUCAUUGAGCCUUCAUAGUCACACAAAGUAGUAACGUGAACCGCGGCCUAUUAUAGAAGUUAUCUCUAGUAAUCGUAACUGCAUUUUAUACUUAAGAAGAAAACAUCCAUUUCACUUUUGCAGCAGUAAGCUCUUGGUGCCUUUUAAUUUCAAAUUGGUAGUUUUACUUUCUUCACUAUCACUAUUGAUAGCACUAGUUAGUGCACCAGUUUUGAAAGGACCCCACAUAUGUAAAGCAUUUUGUUCUUUCCAACUUUUUCUGUCAUUGAGGUUUUCUGAGAAGAUUUGGAGCACAAAUAGCUUGCUCUUUGAGGAGGGAAAGAUUUAGAGACGUUGUUUAAGGUGUGACUAUUUGAAAUACCUAACACUAUGAAGAGAAGAGGAGGGUAGGGUAUUCUCAGAUGCAUUCUCCUUGUUUAAUUCAUUUUAAGAAUUUACAAUUACAUGAUGUAAUCUUCAAAAUAAGGAUGAUUUCAAUUUUGAGUUUGUAUUUUGGAUUGUAGAUGAGUAAUAGAAACAGACUGCAUUAAAUUACAGUGAUAAAACAAGAAGAUAAGUCAAGCACUGUUACGCAGCAUCACAUUAUUACCAUGGGCAACCUAAAUUCCUCCUAUAAAUAUAGAAAAACAUAUUACUGAUAUUUAUAUAGUGCUCUUCAUUCCAAAGGUUCCCAAAGUGCUUUACCAACUGCAUACAUACAGCACCACUGACAGUCACAUCUGGGGUUGAGUGUGGCAAGCAGCAAGCACACUUAACAGUGGUGAGGAGGGUUUUAGCCAGCCCCACCACGCAAGCCCCCUACUGGUAGAAGUCAGGCAGGGUUUGUGUUGACACGUGCAUAGUAAACUACAUGGAACUCAGUGUACUGUAUCUACCUCAGCCCUUCACCCUACUGAGUUGACGCUGCUGGGCUGUGAACCUGUAGUUCCAAAAAGUCUUUAGGUGUUUCAGACCUGAGGCUUGGACCAGUCAGUGUGUCCUGUGGGUUUUGUGCUGGCUGUGGAUAUCAGUAUGUAGAUCUAUGCUGGACUUGUUUUUGCUAUCUAGUAUCCUAAUAGAAACCAUAUUCUGUAGGAACUGUACAUAUUGUAAAUAAAAUAACUAGAGUAACACUGAA